AGUGUCUCCUGUCAGCCCUCCCUCUUCUCAUCCCUGCGAGCUCUCGCUCACUCUGGGUACAUCGAAAAAGACACAGCUGCCAAGAAAGUGGAAGGGAGUGAAGCAGAAGAGAAAGGCAAAAUGGCCAGGAAGGCAAGGAAACACACCUGGACGUUUCCCCCUGGUUUGGUAGCAAUCGACACUUUCAGUUACACCACCCAGAGAACACAGCCAGCUCAAAGCAAUUUUCUCAAGCACCCCGCUGCAGGAAGCUUCGCAGAAAUGAAGAUGGUCUCGGCGCUGCUUCUGCUGAGCACCCUCCUGGGUACCCCCGCGGCGCCUUCCCCGCGGCCCUCUUGCUACAAGAGGGCCCUCAAAGACCAGACCUGUCACAACGGCCCCGAGGGCGGGGCGAACCUUCGACAAAUCCUUGAUGGUCUGCAAGAUCACUUUUGGGAAGGGAAGGGCUGCGAGGUCAUCUGUUACUGCAACUUGAAUGAGUUGCUCUGCUGCCCAAAGGAUAUUUUCUUUGGACCAAAGAUAUCUUUUGUGAUCCCCUGCAACAGUCAGUGAUGUACAUCAAGUCUGCCGGAGAAGAAAACAGACAUCAUUCUACAACCACACAAUAAUGCUUUCAAGGGGAAAUCCAAAACCACUAACAUCUAACAACAUGACAGUGCCUCUUUUUGCGCUGUAGAAAAAUUUCGUUUCUAUACCCUAUCUGGAAUUUCAAAUAUGUAAGAAGUUCUCAAGUUUGGUAGCUGCCUUAAUUUCUAUAAUGGUGUAAAAGACUGUACAAGCUCUUAAUGCAUCCUAAUACGCAUUCCCCAGCAAAAAGCCUAACUCAUGUUACUCAACACAACAUUCUCAAUUAGUUUUGAUGAAGAAACUCCAAGCUUAAGCCUUCAUGUGGUUAAGAACAUGACUCUCAUAGCAACCUACUGGAAGUGCAACUUUCUAUUGCUUUAUUGCCACCACAGAGUUAAUGUUGUUUUGAGUUGAAGUUACUCAGUAGCUGGUACUUUUGCAGACAAGCUCCCACAUUUUAUUUAGUCACCUUAAACAACCGUGCACAUACAAAAGGUAAACUUUCACCUUUCAUACCUGAAAAUUCCAGUGGAAAAAAAAGAGUCAAACUCACAUUAAUAGCACAUUUAGGUCUUAAUUAUGUCUCACUGGUCCCCUGAAUUAACUAUGCAGUCUGUAAAACCUCAAAUGGGUUAAACUUAUCAUUGAAGUUUUAAAAUACUAGAACAGUUACAAUAGUGUGUAUAUGUAUUCAGAAAGAUGUCUAAAAAGGAUGGGACUGAUGCAAGGUCUGUUAAGGCAACAUAAAAGUCCACACUUAACUAGCUUUUUUAAUCUUGUUUGAAAUACAGUACCUCAGAAUUUAGUUAAAGUGCUGGGUUUUUAUUUUUAGGCUAGCCCUGUAGGGAAUUAGCUAAUGAAGUGAAGACAAAGGUGUCUCAAAAUAUCAGAAGUAAUCAUCUUAAUGUUUAAGAGGGAUCAUGAUCCAGGCUGUAGAUAUACAAGUCACAUCUCAACACUUGCCAAAACCAGUUACAGUAGAAGAGAAAAACAACCAAAAAUUUAGGUCCCUUUAAGUUUAAGGAAAACCACUUGAACAAGUCAGUCUUAAAAAUAAAAACUCUUUAGUCACAUAGGUGUGUAGUAGUGAAGAAACUAUAGUAUUUUCUAUUCAAAAAGUAUACUGUUCAUCUAAUAACCUUACACAACAUUACACCACAAAAACUGCUAUUACCACUUUACCAGACUUGCUUCACAGGCAGUAGGAAAUACUAUGAUGACUGUUUUUCUUACUCUGUUAGUAAACGAGGGCUGGAUAAUGGGGGAGAGGGGUGAUUAUACAUAGCUAAUAAUAAAUGUUUCAAGUAAA